AUGCCCCCCAUGCAGCGAGGUAAUGGCGGACCCAUGCCACGAGGCAAUGGCCAGUACUACGACGACUAUAACCAAGGCAACCUUGGUGAGGCGGCGGCCUACUUUGACCCCGAGACGAAUGCCUUUGUCAUGCCCUAUGCCGAGCCUGUCACUCGUCGUGCUAUGACUCCUCCACCCUCCGGUCGCUUCCGUGGCGGACCCGGCCCCCGCGGUCCUCGUGGUCCUCAUGGUCCUAACGGCUCUAUCGGCGGCAUGAGUGCGCAGAGCGGACCUCGAGGCCGAUCUCGUGCCGGCUCUGCUCUCGGCCCUCGACCCGACUCGUCUGCGUCAGCGAGAUUCCGUCAACCACCCAAGAAGAGGCUUCCUCCUCCUGCUCCUCUCCCCACGCUCCCAACCCCUUCGAAGCUGACGGAUGAUAACUUUGCUAUCAUCAACGCGGCCGAUUUUGCGCCACCUGACCGUAUCCGAGACAACGUCGCCGGCCGUUCUCAGAGCCCCUUUGGUGAGAGGCGACCCUACUCGCCAACAGUACCCGCAGCCGUGCCCCUCGUCGGUGCCUUUGACGAGCUCACCGCUCUGCCUAGCCCUCACUUGCUCCGCAAGUCAAGCACAUUCACGGGUCUGGACUUUGCUCCUCCCAAGAAGUUCAAGGACGCAGAUACGAUGAGCGACGCUGGCAGCAUCAGGAGCAACAAGAGCGGCAUGUCUCAAGCACAGCUCGGCGCUAUCCGUGCUGGAGCUGGACGUGUGAGCCGACUCCCUGGCGACACGGUCUUUACGCAGACGUCUAUGCAAGACGCACUGAAGCCUUCAUGGACCCUUCGGCCUUGA